AUGGAACAUACAGGACAAAAUUCCCCUUUGGGGAACCACACUACACUGGUGGAAUUCAUCCUGAUUGGGUUUUCUGAUGUCCCCAAACUUCAAGGUUUACUUUUUGGUGUAUUUCUGAUUAUCUAUGUCUUCAUUCUUACGGGAAAUAGCCUCAUUAUCACAAUCACUAAGGUUGACCCUUCACUGAAGACCCCCAUGUACUUUUUCCUUGGGAAUUUAUCCUUUUUGGAAAUAUGUUAUGUGUCAGUUACACUCCCUAGAGUGUUAGCAGAUCUCUGUAGACAAAAUAGAAAAAUUUCCAUUCUGGCCUGUGCUGUUCAAAUGUAUUUUUUCCUUAUCUUAUCAGCCACUGAGUGUUUUAUCCUCACUGCCAUGGCUUAUGACAGGUAUGUGGCCAUAUGCAACCCACUACUCUACCCUGUCAUCAUGAACAGUAGGCUGUGUAUACAGCUGGCAGCUGUCUGCUGGACCACUUCUAUUAUAAUACACAUAGUGUCCACUUGCGUGAUCUUUUCUUCACCCUUCUGUGAACGUAACAAGAUGAAUCACUUUUUCUGUGAUGUUCCUCCAAUUGUUCAGCUUGUUUGUGGGGACACUUCUGGAAUUGAAUUGAUGACUUACAUUAUUGCUGCCUUGGUUGUCACGAUUCCUUUUUUGUUGAUCCUGGCAUCUUAUGUGAAAAUAAUCUCCACCAUCCUGAAGCUGCCAUCAGCCACUGGGAGAGCCAAGGCCUUCUCCACCUGUUCUUCUCAUGUCAUGGUUGUGACUUUGUUCUUUGGAUCAGGCAUCGUUGUGUAUUUGAGACCUAAGUCCACUCACUCAUCAGGAAUGGACAAAUACUUUCUUUUUUUUUACACCAUUUUGACUCCCUUGUUUAACCCCAUAAUAUAUUGUCUCAAAAACAAAGAUGUUAUGGUGGCCUUGGGAAAAUUCCUCCAGAAAUGGAUUGUACUGGGACUCAUAACUUCUAAAAAUUCAUCACAUUCUUAA